AUCGCUAUUUCUUGAACAUUGGGAGAUGAAAACAGGGGUAUCAAGAAGCUGGAUAUUGGUGGACAGUAAGGGGGAGAGUAGUAUCUUGGAUUUGGAUAAGUAUGCUAUUAUGAAACGAGUUCCUAUACAUGCUAGAGAUCUUCGUAUUCUUGAUCCUCUUCUUUCUUAUCCUUCUGCAAUUUUAGGCAGAGAAAAGGCUAUUGUACUCAAUUUGGAGCAUAUCAAAGCAAUUAUUACUACAGAUGAGGUGAAUUUCUUUUGCUUUCUACAUUGUAUACCAGAGUUUGAGUUGGUGAUUAUUUCGGAUAAGAUAUACUCCCUCCGUUCCAACUUAUGUGAACCUGUUUGAC